UAAAUGGGACGAACGAGAGCAGUACAGAGGGCACUAGUGGAAAGAAGAGUUGAAAGAGGAGAAUCAUGAUGCUGCGAUCAGCUUUACGGACGCUGUUGCUUGUUGUGGGUUUUUGGGCGGUGAGCCAUGCAGCACCGACCCUCGCGCCGACCGUUUCGCCAGAGGAAAACGACCUGGCUGAGAAAUAUAUCUCACAGUUUUACGAUGAUGUCGGCACCAGAAACUUUACAAGGAGAAACCUUGUUCCGAGAAAUUUUAGCGAAGAUCUGGAAUCCAUGCAGGCUUUCUUCGGCUUGGAGGUGACGGGGGUGUUGAACAAGGAGACGCUGGAGGUCAUGAAAGCUCCCAGGUGUGGUGUGUCUGACCUCAGCCCUUAUGUACACUUUGCUGGGAGACCCAAAUGGAACAAGAGGCUACUAACUUACAGGAUCACGCGGUACACACCAGAUGUGAGCCAGAGACAGGUGGAUGCGACUAUUGGUCAAGCCUUCCAGCUCUACAGUGACGUCAUCCCACUAGACUUUAAGCAGAUCUACAGUGGCACCGCAGACAUCAUGAUUCUUUUUCAGGGUGGAUAUCACGGGGACUUUUAUCCUUUCGACGGAGCGGGUGGAGUCUUGGCUCAUGCAAAUUCUCCUGGAAGGCAGGAGGGAGGGGACACACACUUUGAUGACGAUGAACAAUGGACGCUAACUCAAAGAGGUGUAAAUCUGUUGCUGGUGGCCGCGCAUGAGUUCGGCCACGCUUUGGGAUUGGACCAUUCCAGAGACAGGCGUGCACUGAUGUUCCCCACUUACCAAUAUGUCAACACCAACGGCUACAGGCUGCCAGAGGAUGACAAGCGAGGUGUUCAAGCACUCUAUGGUAGCCGCUCACAAGAGCCGACAAAAGCCCCCAAACCCAAUCCACCACCUCAACCCGAGCCGGAGGGUCCGACCGAAGACCCUGAAGACACUCUUCCAAACCCUCGUGAUGAGCAGUGCAGCAGAGAUCUGAUGUUUGAUGCCGCCACAUCCAUCAGAGGAGACUUGUUCUUCUUCAAAAACGGAUACUACUGGAGGAAGAGUUCCCUUUUCCAAGGAAUUCGUUUUACUAAAAUAAGCACAAAAUGGUCGCGGAUCAACACCGUUGAUGCUGCAUAUGAGGUCCCGAGCAAAGAUGCCGUUUAUCUCUUUGAAGGUAAUCAGUUUUGGGGCAUAAGGGCUUAUGCAAAGACAUUAGUACCAGGCUAUCCAAAGUCUCUGACUGCCCUGGGCCUGCCCUCCACCGUCAGUAAGGUGGAUGCAGCCGUCUACGUGCCAACGACUGGAAAAACGCUGCUAUUCGUGAACCGACAGUACUGGAGCUACGAUGAGGCCAGAAACCAAAUGGAUUUUGGAUACCCACGAGACACGGCAAGAGACUUUCGUGGCAUCGGCUCGAAAGUUGAUGCAGUUUUUUCCAAUUAUGGGUACCUUUAUUUCUCAGCCGGCCCAAGACAGAUAGAGUACUAUCUGCCACAACGGAGAGUGAUGCGAGUGCUGCUAAACUAUAGCUGGCUCAAUUGUUACUAAGAGUGAGAGCACAGUAUGAUUUUUUUUUUUCUUGUUAGGAAAUUGCGCAAUAAAUGAUCUUCUCCAUGA